UGUUGUUGCUGCUUCUGGGCUCACGGAGGACGACGAGAGGAAUCUACAAGCCGACAAGAUGAGAUCCAAGGCGAGGGCGAGAAAACUGGCGAAAAAUGACAGUGAACCAGUGGACAGCAUGUACGACACAGAGGCCGACCUCACGGGUUUAGCGAGCGGAGGCGGGGCCGACAGCCCAGAAGACGACACAGAUGACGGCGUCAUCAACAUGUCCCCCCUGCCCUCACCGACCCCUUCCCAUCCAAACAACAACCACCACCACCUGCUGCACCCCCACAUCUACGCCACCCACCACCACCACCACCUUCACAACAACAGCAACAGCAGCAGCAAUGACCAGGACUUCACCACACCCAAGGAGGGCUCGCCCUACGAGGCACCUGUCUACAUUCCCGACGACAUUCCCAUUCCCAGCGAACUGGAGCUGCGUGAGUCCUCUGUGCCUGGUGCCGGCCUGGGUGUUUGGGCCAAGACCUGCAUUGGUGCUGGCGAGAGGUUUGGUCUGCACAGCACGCUGCAUCACGAGGCCACCGUCAAAGACGGCUCCUUUGGAUGGGAGCAGAUGAUGAAUGACCAUGACGAAGCCUCCCCUGACAGCUGCAUCAAAAAGGUGGUGGAUGACAUGGGCAACGUCAAGUUUGCGCUGGACACAGUCCCGGACGCCACCAGCAGCACCUGGCUCAAAUACGUCCGCUCUGCACCGUCAUUUGAAGAGCAGAACAUCGCCGCCUGUCACCUCACCGGAGACCAGGCUGGUAGCUGGUAA